AUGGAGAAGGAGUCUAAUAACCAGUUGCCGAAAUGGAACAAUGGUUGGGGAGUCCGACACUCACAAAUUUUGCUUUAUUUUUCCUGCGUCUCUGUGGUGUAUACGUUGAGAAUGAAUCUUUCAGUGGCUGUAGUUGCAAUGACAACUUCAACUACCAAGAAUGUCCCACUGGGUCCAGCUGAGAAAGCUCUUGUCUUGAGCAGCCUUUUUUGGGGAUAUGGAUUACUCCAAACUAUCUUGGGAAAUUUGGGCAGAAAAACUAAUUCUGUGAGAGUAUUAUCUUGCUGCAUCUUGGCAUCUGCCGUAUUGUCCAUGGCUAUUCCAUUGGCAGCUAUUCACUUUGGAGCUGUUGGCAUCAUUGUUGUUAGAGUACUGAUUGGUAUUUUACAGGGUGGAGUCUAUCCUAAUAUAAAUAAUUUAUUAUCAAUGUGGGCGGUUCCUCAGGAAAAAUCCGUACUUGCUCCCUUAGUAUACAACGGAGUGGCUUCCGGAAUAUUCAUAGCAAUGAUUGGAUCCGGCUUCUUAGCUGAACGAUUUGGUUGGCCUUCAAUAUUUUAUAGCUCAGGAAUACUUGGAAUUGUUGUUGGAGGACUAUUACUUUAUUUUGGUAAAUGCAGCCCAAGUGACCACAAAGGAAUUUCAAAGGAAGAACAAGAAUUCAUGAGAAACAGUUUAGGAGAAAACCCCUUAGAGACCAUGCGAAAGUUGCCAGUUCCUUGGAAAAAAAUUUUAACUUCAGUACCAGUAAUAACUCUCACAAUAACACAAUUUUGUAGUUCCUGGGGUUUUUGGACUAUUGGAACUCUUACGCCCAGCUAUAUGAGUGGUGUAUUGCACUUCGACAUAGAAAGUGAUGGUUUCCUGUCCUCUCUUCCUCCACUGACUAGUGUGUUGCUUAGUUUUCUGUUUACCUUAAUAUCUAUGAAAACUAAAGACCUUAUACCACCUUUAUAUGCGAAAUUUAUGUGGAAUAGUAUAGGUAUGUACGGAUGUGCCUCCGCUCUUAUUGCACUGGCAUAUACUCAAGAUAAAACCAUCGCUGUUGCCCUUAUCACAGUUGGAGGUGGAGUGACUAUAGCUUCCAACUUGGGUUUUCAGACAAAUCACAUAGAUCUUUCUCCGAAUUUUUCUGGAAUUUUAUACUCUUUCACCAAUUCAGUGGCCAAUUUCGCUUCUAUAUUCGGACCUCUCCUUUCAACUUAUCUGGUUAAGGAUAUUGGCGAUCUUCACGAAUGGAGAAUAGUUUUCCUGUUGUCAGCAGCUAUUUUAGUUCUUGGUAAUACUUGCUUCCUAUUUUGGGGAACCGCACAAAUGCAAGAAUGGAAUGAAGGCAAAAUUAAAGAAGCACAAAUUGAAUGA